ACCACUUACAUUGCGCGUAUUAUUUAUUUUUACCGGCUAUGCCGGUCACCACACCGCGUCACUCCCCUUCUAUCUCCUUCCCCAAAAUCCAAACCCUCCCUGCAAGCUCCAUGGCUUAACAGAAUCAAAUCCUCUCAGAAAUCUGAAAGAUGUCUUCCCGUUUUACCCCUCGUUUUUCAUAUUUCCUAAUCUCUACCUCUAUCUCUCAAAGAAAAACCCUAAUUGGUGCCAACCACACCUCUGCUCGCUUCUGCUCUCGCUAAAAACGGAAAAGAAAAGCCACUCACUCCCUUUCAGAUUUUUUUUCUUUUAUUUUUUUCCUCAAGUAUUUAGAAAUCAUCAUGGAGCCAACCGGAGGGAAGCCAAACUUCUUGAGGAACAUUCUAGUGAAGGUGUUGUUAUUCGGCGUCUUAAUCAUAAUCGUCCGAUUCGCUUACAUAGUUACAACUACCGGCGAAUCAUGCAAUCUCGGAGACUUCUGUUUCUUACCGGAUAAUUUCAAUUUUGUUAUCGCCGGCACCGGAACCGUUGUCUCCACCUCGAACAACGCGGUGGAAUCCACCUCAGCGGGCACCUCACAGUCAGAUCUUUACAGGAGUAAAGACUGGAUCAAGGCCGUCCAUUUCUACUCUGAUGUAUUUCAUGAUCUAGUCUCCGACGGUUAUAUGUCGGCGAUCUCGAAGACUUUGUGUGUGGAAACGCCGAGAGGAGAUGAUGUUUUAGCUUUGAAAGAAAUCGGUAUUCUGGACUCGAUUGGAAUUUACAAAAAAGCAUCAAAGCCCUUGGUGAUUUCGUCGAAGGAGAAUAGGUUACCGUUCGAUGAGAAUACUUUUGACUUCAUAUUCUCCGGUGGGGACCGGUUGGAUAAGACUGCACAGCGGCCGUUGGAUUUAACGGUGUCGGAGAUCCAACGGACAUUGAAACCCGAAGGGUUUUUUGUGGCUCACGUGAGUGCUAAAGAUACCUAUAGUUUUAAUUCGUUUCAAGAUUUAUUUAAUUCUUGCAAAUUAAUUAAGUCACGUGACAUUGAAGGUUAUGAUUCAUCGAUGCCACUUAUUAGAGAAAUUGUCUUGCAAAAGAAAGUAGGAAAUGAAAUUGUUAGCAAAGAUUCUGAUGGCAAUUCACGGAAUUCGUGCUCUGUUCCUGGGUAUAAAAGGGAUUUGGUACGCAAUGCGGAGGCGUUGAUAAUGGAGGAGCCAUUGAAACCGUGGAUUACUUUGAAAAAGAAUAUAAUGAAUAUUAAGUAUUUGACGGCGAUAGCGGAUAUUAGUUUUAAGAGUAGGUAUGUGUAUGUUGAUGUUGGAGCCAGAAGUUAUGGGUCUAGUAUAGGGAGCUGGUUUAAGAAGCAAUAUCCGAAACAGAACAGGACGUUUGAUGUGUAUGCGAUUGAGGCGGAUAAGGCAUUUUAUGAGGAGUAUAGAGUGAAAAAAGGGGUUACAUUGUUGCCGUAUGCAGCAUGGGUGAGGAAUGAGACGUUGACUUUUGAGAUUAAUCAUGAUCCGGGCAAGGAAGUUAAGGAGAAAGCGCGAGGGAUGGGGAGAAUUCAGCCAGUGAAAUCAUCGUUGUCAUCUAGGAGUUUUAAUGGAGAAGUGAAUGAGAUUGAAGGGUUUGAUUUUGCAGAGUGGCUGAAGAGUACGGUGACGGAGAAGGAUUUUGUGGUGAUGAAGAUGGAUGUUGAAGGGACCGAGUUUGAUUUGAUACCGAGGUUGUUUGAAACUGGAGCCAUUUGUUUGAUUGAUGAAAUCUUUCUUGAAUGUCAUUAUAAUAGGUGGCAAAGAUGUUGUCCUGGACAGAGGAGCUCCAAGUAUGAGAAAACAUAUGGGCAGUGCUUGGACCUGUUUUCAUCUCUUAGAGAUAGAGGAGUUCUUGUUCAUCAGUGGUGGUGAUUGGUAACAAUCCUACUCAUCUUGUUGUAACUUCUAGGGAAAGUGCUCUAGGAUUUUAAUCUUCUUUUUUUUUUCAAGUGGUUCCUUUGUAUGCAAAUUUUCUUUUCUUGUAAGAAUUGCAGAUGCAAAUGAAAGUCUCACUACUUUUUUCACUUCAUUUUUUAAAUUUUAAUGAGGUUUUGAUUUCUGUCUACCUUUGAGAUUCAAUCUCUUGUCCAAAAUUCAGUAUUUUUAUUAACUGAUUUCAUUUUUGUGUCAUUGAGAGCUUUUGACGUGUCAAUAAAAAUGGUAAGCCUCGGAUAUUAGAAUGCUUAUCUUCAAUCUAUAAGUGUGUUAUUAACAAAUCCAAGCUUGUUUUUCUAUGGACUAGAGUUUACCAUGUCCCUGAUAAAAGAAAGGGCAGCUUCUCUUGGUGAUUCAGUGCUGUGCCAUUUUGAUAAAUUCAAACCUUGGGAAGUCGCAAUGUGCUCUAGGACCUUCCACUAUUGGAAUCUUUUUCCCCGGUUGGUCUGUAUGAUUGCAUUCUAGUUUGCUUGCCAUUUGGGGGACAUAACUGCAUUGCUGCCUGUUGAGCACUGUCAUAAGAUUCUGAACUGUUGAGCACUGGCGUAAGAUUCUAAUACUAAGAACUGAUUAUUUUAGUGCCAUUGUGCCAAUUUACUUUUAUGCAACUGUGUUUCCCCCUUUCAAGUGUCAAAAACCGUGGCCUAGUCAAUUAUUCAAUGUAGCAGAUAUUGAAUUGAUUCCAGUACAAAUUUUAAUGAGAUUUUUGUUUCUGU